ACCUAAGACUCCUCCCCCUGGACUGACCCGAGACUUCUCCCCACUAAAUGACGAAAUGAGGAUGGACCCAGAUAAGAUGAACAAGAGGAUCCUAGAGCUCAGCCUGAAGAUCAUCUACCUGCUGACCGGAGAGGAUUACACAGUAGUGAAGAAGACAUCUGGAGAGUGUGUGGCCCCCAGCAGGUCAGGAGGAUGGAGCAGGGCCCGGGGCCCCAUCACGGAGCCUCCACCUCCCUCACUGAUACCUGAGAGGAACAAUGAGCAGAAGAUCCUAGAACUCACCCACAAGAUGAUGGAGCUGCUGACUGGAGAGGUUCCUAUAAGGUGUCAGGAUGUCACUGUCUAUUUCUCCAUGGAGGAGUGGGAGUAUAUAGAAGGACACAAGGAUCUGUACCAGGACAUAGUCAUGAUGGAGGACCACCAGCCCCGAACAUCACCACCGGAUGGAUCCAGGAAGAGGAACCCACCAGAGAGAUGUCCUGCUCCUCUGGAUUCCCAGGACUGUGCGGGGGGAUAUGAUGAUGAUCUGCAGGAGGAGGAUCAGUUGGAUGGAGAUGAUCUGCAGGAGGAGGAUCUGGUGGAUGGAGAUGAUCUGCAGGAGGAGGAUCAGGAUGACAAUCUUCUUCAUGUUGAGGUUGUUGAGGACGACCCGGAGGAGAUGUAUAUGGGAUGUCCGCAGAUAAAGGAGGAGGAGAUUCCUGUAGAUAUCAGCGUAGGCACCGUGGAUCUGCUGAACACCAUGGACUUCUCCAGGGGAUGCCUCGUCAUUUCCCCAGACUGUAAGAUGGAAGCCGAUGGUUCCAGUCUGGAUUCCACAGAUGAGACUCCCCACAAUAUAUUUCCGGUUUCUUCACACGCCUGGGAAUGUUCUUUAGAAACUUCAUGUAGUGACACACAGAGCGCAGAUCUCACAGAGACCAAAGUGUAUUCAUGUGUAGAAUGUGGGAAAUGUUAUUCUAAGAAAGGAAGCCUCCUGAUCCACCAGCGGAUCCACACCGGGGAGAAGCUGUUUACCUGUGGUGAGUGCGGCAGAGGCUUUGUGUACAAGGCUAAUCUUACCGAACACCAGAGACUGCACGCCGGGGAGAAACCAUUCUCCUGUUCUGAAUGUGGGAAAUGUUUCAAGCAAAAAUCACAUUACUUCAAACACUGGAGAAGUCACAUGGGAGUAAAGAAGCGUUUUUCAUGCUCUGAAUGUGGAAAACGGUUUAAGGACAGGUGGACCCUGGAUCGUCAUGAGAGAACUCACACGGGGGAAAAGCCUUUCUCAUGUCCUGAGUGCGGGAAAUGUUUCACUCAGAAAUAUAGUUUUCUCGAACAUCAGAAAAUUCACACAGGGGAAAAACCGUUUCCGUGCUCAAAAUGUGGAUUACGGUUUACACGCAAAUCAAAACUCGUUCGCCAUGAGAGAGUUCACACUGGUGAGAAACCGUUUUCCUGCUCUGAGUGCGGCAAAUGUUUUGCUCUUAAAACCACACUCGGUAAACACCAGAGGGUUCACACAGGGGAGAAGCCUUUUCCAUGUUCAGAGUGCGGGAAAUGCUUCACCCAGAAAUACGACGUGGUUGAACAUCAGAAGAUUCACACGGGGGAGAAGCCAUAUUCCUGUGCCAAGUGCGGAAAAGGAUUUAUACGCAGAUCAAAACUGAUUCAACAUGAGCGCAUUCACACCGGAGAAAAACCCUUCUCAUGUUCAGAGUGUGGGAAAUGUUUUACACAGAAGCCGGGCCUCGUCCAGCAUCAGAAGAUUCAUAUAAAAUAGGAACAUUCCAGGACAUCUAGAAAUAAACGAUUUAUCAGAAAAGCUUGUAACAUGAAAUUCCCCUUCAGACAUUAGAGGGCGCUGUACUGUGUCCCCGGCUCUUAUGUAUUUAUAGAUUUAGGAGGAUCUCUGCCUAAAGGGAAUUUUACAGAGGUUUCACGUCCCU